AUGGGCGUGAACGUAGAGUCUACUCUCGAUGUCGAGGAAUCGACGGAGCCUCCUAUAUGUGGUUAUACGGAACCCAGCUCCAAACCCAAUGUUGCCAGCACCCUAGAUAUUAGGCCCUGUGCUACCGAUGAGAAAUCUAUAUCGCAUAAAAGUGAUCAUCCCGCGCCGGUCGAUCUACCCCCUACUAGAGAGGGCUCCGAUCAGAGUGCCCACCUCAUAAAUCCAUCUGAGCUCGCUACUCUCCUCAAGACUGACCUUCGAAAUGGUAUCUCUGAUUCAGAAGCGGCAUCCCGCCUCGAGCGCGAUGGUCCGAAUACCGUGCGUGAAAUGGAGAGUGUCUCCGUCUGGGGGAUACUGCUAAGACAGGUGUCCAACAGUCUGACUCUAGUCCUUUUAAUCACCAUGGCCCUCUCCUUUGGAAUCGAUGAUUACAUAGAGGGCGGUGUUAUCACUGCAGUGAUUCUCCUAAACAUCAUCGUAGGCUUCAUCCAAGACUACAGAGCCGAAAAGACAAUCCUCUCACUACAUCGUCUCUCCGCUCCAAUAUGCAAAGUCAUCCGAGACGGUCGAAUCGCCUCUGUCAAAGCCGAAUCUCUCGUCCUGGGAGAUGUCGUGCAACUAGCCGUUGGCGACAUCGUCCCCGCCGAUCUCCGACUAUUCGACGGCAUGAAUGCUUCAAUGGACGAGGCGCUUCUCACCGGUGAAUCACUCCCAAUUCUCAAAACUCCCCAACUCACUCUCACCUCCCGUGAUAUCCCCAUUGGUGAUCGGACCAAUAUGGCCUAUUCGGGCUGUAGUACCACACAGGGUCGAGCAAUGGGAAUUGUCACGGCGAUCGGCAUGAACACCGAAGUCGGGAAGAUUGCCCAGUUGCUACAGACAGAGUCUGAUCUUGGUGAUUCGGGUCCUUUUGGUCGUGUGUGGAAACGGGUCAAGUUGUUCUUUAUGAAUAUCUUGGGGUUGGUUGGUACACCGCUGCAAGUGAAGCUGAGCAAAUUUGCACUUCUACUCUUCGCACUGGCAAUUCUAUUGGCCAUAAUCGUUUUCUCGGCCAACAAGUGGCAUGUCCAAGGCGAGGUUCUCAUCUACGGCAUUUGUGUUGCUGUAGCGGUCAUUCCAGAGUCGUUGAUUGCCGUUCUUACCAUCACCAUUGCUGUGGGUACAAAGGCUAUGGCAAGAGGGAAUGUCAUCGUGCGCAAACUUCAAUGUCUUGAGGCAGUCGGUGGUGUCACAAACAUCUGCUCUGACAAGACUGGAACAUUGACGCAAGGCAAGAUGAUUGCCCGCUCGGCUUGGAUUCCUGGUGCUGGGACUUUGACCGUAAGCCAGACGACCGAUACCUUUGAUCCGACUAGUGGAGUUGUUCAGUUGGAUGAAAUUGAUUGGAACUCAACUCGGCCUAUUGAGGAUCGUCCCGCCUUGCAUACCUUCCUGCGAGCGAUCUCUCUUUGCAAUCUCUCUACUAUUCAUCAUGAUAACAAGUUAUGGAGUGCAGUGGGUGAGCCCACGGAGAUUGCGCUUCAUGUCCUGGCUUUGCGCUUCAAUUUUGGGAAGAGCUCUGUUAUGAAGAGGCGUCAACUUCAACUGCACACAGAAUACCCAUUCGAUUCGGCUAUCAAGAAGAUGACCGUUGUCUACAAUAAUCCCCAAGAUAGGGCAAUGGAGAUAUACACCAAGGGAGCGCCAGAAACUAUCAUCCCUCAUCUAUAUAUCGAUGAAAGCGAGAGACAGACCAUUCGAGAUACAGCCGAUCGGAUGGCAGGUGAAGGUCUCCGUGUCCUGUGCAUUGCGUAUAAAACUGUUCUCGGAGGGGAUAUGUCUCAAGUAUCUCCCCGAAAUGCAGCCGAGUCAAACCUCCGCUUUGGCGGCCUAGUUGGACUCUACGAUCCCCCUAGAGUCGAAACAGCUGCAGCAGUGCGCCGAUGCCAAAUGGCAGGAAUCACUGUACACAUGCUCACAGGAGACCACAUCAAAACAGCAACGGCCAUCGCCUCAGAAGUCGGAAUUCUUGACCGCGUAACAGCUGUCGUAAAGGCGGGCAGACUGGUAAUGGCAGCCGACGAGUUCGAUAAACUGAGUGACGAUGAAAUCGACGCUAUCGAAGAGCUGCCUCUUGUCAUUGCCCGCUGUAGCCCCGCUACAAAGGUUCGCAUGGUAGACGCCAUGCAUCGGCGUGAGGCAUUCUGUGUCAUGACUGGCGAUGGUGUCAAUGACUCCCCUGCACUCAAAAGAGCAGAUGUCGGUAUUGCUAUGGGGAAGAAUGGAAGUGACGUUGCCAAGGAAGCGGCUGAUAUGGUCUUGACGGAUGAUAAUUUCUCAUCUAUUGUUAAGGCGGUUGAGGAGGGAAGGCGGCUUUUUGAUAAUAUCCAAAAGUUCCUCAUGCAUUUGCUCAUCUCGAACAUUGCCCAAGUCAUCCUCCUUUUGAUUGCGCUCGCCUUCAAAGAUGAAGGCGGAGACUCAGUCUUCCCAUUAUCUCCACUCGAGAUCCUCUGGGCGAACCUGGUCACAUCCUCCUUUCUAGCUGUAGGUCUCGGGCUAGAAGAAGCCCAACCAGAUAUCAUGUACAGACCACCCCACGACCUCCGCAUCGGCGUCUUCACUCGCGAGCUGAUAGUCGACAAAAUGAUAUACGGAACGUUCAUGGGCACCUUGUGCCUCGUUGCAUUUGUCUGCGUGAUCUACGCCGCUGGCACAGGCACUUCAUCUCUAGGCGAUGGAUGUAACUCGGGUUAUAAUCCAACGUGCGAUAGUGUCUUCCGUGCUCGGGCAACUACAUACGCAACGCUAACUUUCCUCCUGCUUGUCACGGCUUGGGAAGUGAAACACUUUUCUCGUUCCUUAUUUAACAUGGAUCCCCUUCGGUAUCCAAAGACUCUUUCUGUUUUCCCUACAGUCUGGAAGAACAGGUUCUUGUUUUGGGCUGUUAUGGCUGGAUUUGUUAUUGCAUUUCCAGUUAUCUAUCUUCCUGUUGUUAACCAGCUUGUUUUCAAGCAUCAGGCUAUAACUUGGGAGUGGGGUGUUGUCUUUGGGUGUACGCUUGUUUACCUGGUCUGUGUUGAGAGCUGGAAGGCUGUCAAGCGGGCGUUUGGGAUUGGGAGUGGGAAGAAUGCUACUCUUACCUUGGAAGAUGCUGAGAUGAGGGCUGGUCUGGCUACUUUGACGCCCCUCUCGCUGAGUGCGAAUGCUAGUGCUAAUGCUAGUGUCGAGUUGAAAUGA